CAGCUGCACCAUUCACUCUACCCAUAUACAUUGACCACGCUUGACUACUAUAGGUGGUGCUAAACUAGAAGUCAGCAUUUAGACGGAAAUCGACAACACAGAGCGAUUAGCGGCAAUGCCCAUAGUCACAGAGUUCACGCGUCUGUUAGGUAUCAAGUACCCAAUUGUGCAAGGUGGAAUGCAAUGGGUCGGUACUCCGCCAUUGGCUGCUGCAGUAGCGCGUGCCGGGGGGCUGGGCAUGCUUACGGCUUUGACUCAACCGAGCCCAGAAGAUCUAAGAGAGGCCAUCAAGGAGACAAGGCGCCUAUUGGGUGACAGAGAGGGGAAGUUUGGGGUAAAUAUUACCCUUCUUCCGUCGAUCAACCCUCCCGAUUAUGCGGGUUAUACCAGGGCUGCUCUGGAGGAAGGAAUCGACAUCUUCGAGACGGCUGGCAAUAAUCCCAAACCUCUCAUCGACUACAUAAGGACAUAUAAGGCAGAUAAUUCCAAGGGUCCUACUCCAAAGCGAUUCAUUAUUCACAAAUGUGUAAACAUCAAGCAUGCUUUUUCAGGUCAGAAGAUGGGCGUGGAUGUUUUGAGUAUUGACGGAUUUGAAUGUGCUGGUCAUCCUGGAGAGGAAGACAUUGGUGGCCUGGUCUUGCUUGCGAAAGCAGCCAAAGAGCUUACGAUCCCAUAUAUCGCAUCCGGAGGAUUUGCCGAUGGGCGUGGACUAGCAGCCGCUUUAUCCCUCGGGGCAGCUGGAAUCAACAUGGGUAAGUACACGCACUGGCUAUCAGAACUGAUUUUAGGUACCCGAUUUAUGUGCACCGUUGAGUCACCCAUUCAUCAGAAUAUUAAAGACAAAAUAGUACGCUCGACGGAGAAGGAUACUAUCCACAUAUUUCGGUAUGUAUGCAGGCUAAACGUAUGUGAUGAUCUAAAUGGCAUUGUAGUACGCUGGGCAAUACUGCUCGAGUCUAUCGUAAUUCGGUGUCGACUCGGGUUGUCGAAUUGGAAAAAAGACCCCAAGGCGCCAAAUUUGAAGAUCUUCGAGAGCUUGUUGCUGGCGCCAGAGGACGCAAAGUUUACGAGACGGGGGAUUAUGAUGCUGGGAUAUGGUCGGCUGGUAUCGCCAUCGGACUUAUCGAUGACAUUCCAACAUGUGCCAGCUUGAUAGAAAGGAUUGAUCAAGAGGCAUCGGAUGUGAUAAAGGGUUUAUGUGGUCUGAUUGAUAAUCAGAACAAGGCCAAGCUUUGAAAAGCCAAUACUGGUUAUACUUAGCAUAGUUGGUUGAAACAAUCAGGAAUUGCCCAGAUGGAUGGAAUAUCGCCAGAGUAAUUCAUUAGGAAAUGGGAGUCAUUAUUGUUUGUGGUGGUUGUUGCCUGGCUGUUUCGUUCGUCGCUUGUUGUUGCUGCAGAUCUUUUUUUUCUUCGCACUUUGUUUCUUUCGGUUUCAAACCAUCGCAGCAAUGC